AUGAAAUUCGAUACAUUCCUUGAAACAGUUGGUAAUUGGGGUAGAUUUCAAAAAGUAAAAUAUAUGAUUAUUUGUUUGACGUAUAUGCUACCAUCAAUAAUGGUAUAUACUUUUACAUUCACAGCAGCUAUACCCAAAUUUCGAUGUAGAAAUCCUCAAUUAGAAUCGAUUGAUAAUUAUAAUAAAACAUUGAACGAUAAAUUUGAUUUGGAAUAUAAGCCAACACUAACACAAUGUCGCAAUCUAGGAAGGAAAUUAUCAGAUGAUCAAUGUCAGAGUUGUUAUUUAAAACCAAUGUUAGCAGCUAAUAAAAAUAAUAGUCAAACAAAUGAAAAAUUAGAACAAUGUGAUAAAUAUGUUUUUGAAAAAAUUUAUUAUAAAAAAACAUUGAUUGAAGAAUGGAACAUAGUUUGCGACCGUUUAUAUUAUCGUAUGGCUGCACAAACGAUAUUUUUUUUUGGUUAUAUGGUUGGUUCUAUGUUUUUUGGCAUAUUAGCUGACAAAUAUGGUCGCCGUCCUAUAAUGAGCGUUAGUUUUAUUCUAAUGAGUUUUUCAGGAUUUUUAUGUGCAUUUGGUCCUCAAGAUAUAUUUGGAUUUUGGCCAUCGUACAUUAUUUUUGUAUUAGCUCGUUUUUUACUUGCAUGCUCAACACGAGGAAUUUCUGUAUCUGGAUUUGUACUUGGUUCAGAAAUAGUUGGACCUCGUAAACGUUUAUAUGCUGGGAUUGUUAUUGAAUAUUUUUUUGCAUUUGGUCAAUUUAUUCUAGUUACUUUUGCUUAUUUCAUUCGAACAUGGAGAGCUUUGAUUUGGUCUAUUUCAAUAUUUACUGUUCCGUAUAUAUUCUUUUAUUUUAUAUUACCUGAAAGUCCUCGAUGGCUGGUUAGUAAAGGACGUUUUGAUGAAGCUAAAACAGUUUUACGUCAAAUUGCAACUAAAAAUAAACGAGAUUUCAAUGAAGAUGCUUUCCAACAGAUGAAAGACGAACAAGAAAAAAAUAUGUCCAAACAAGAAUAUCAGGAAGGUAUUAGUAGUUUAUUCACAUCCAAAAUUAUGUUGAUCAUUAGUAUGAAUCUUUUCUUUCAAUGGUUUGCACAAAAUCUUGUAUUUUAUGGUGUUUCACAAAGUACAGGAUCAUGGGAUUUAGAUCCAUAUUUAUCGUUUACGAUCAGUGCUUUUGUUGAAUUAUUAGCUUACAUACUCGUUCAUUUAAUACUCGAUCGUGUUGGUCGUAAAAAACCUUAUUUUAUAUUUGCUAUUCUAUUUGCUAUUAUUGCAUUUCUUAUUAUACCGACACAGAAAUUCACAACGAAAAAUAGCCAAAUUCAGCGUAUAAUAUUAACUACCAUUAAUAUUUCAUUGAAAUUUCUUGCAUCAGCAUCUUAUGCUAUCAUUUAUAUUUAUGCUAAUGAACUAUUUCCAACUAAUGUUAGAAAUACAGGCAUGGGCAUUUGUUCUAUGGUUGCACGUAUCGGUGCUAUGCUGAGCAACUUCUGUAAUGACUAUUUAGGACGAAUUUGGAUUAAUUUACCAGUAAUUAUCUUUGGCAUUGUUUCUCUUGUGGCUGGACUACUAUCAUUGAUGUUUCCUGAAACCUUAAAUAAACCUUUGCCACAAUCUGUUGCCGAUGUUGAAGAAAUGGGGUUCGCCGGUUUUCGACGUCGAGUAGCUCAAAUUAAAAUUCCUGAAGUUCAAACAAUAUCAGAACUCUAUGAAGGAAAUAUAAUCAAGAAAGAUUUGCAAAAAUGUGAUAUUAAUGAUAGUAAAUUAUAA